AUGGCAAAAUGUGACAUCUUUUCGAAAGAAGUGAAAAAUUAUGAUGCGUUCAAUUUCUUGCGUCCAGAACAUAUUCAUUAUCCGGAAAAUGACAAAAUUCUUCGAAAUUGUGCAAGUUAUGAGGUGAGUUCUAAUUAAAUUUCAAAACAAAGCUGAAAAAAUUGGAAAAUUCCAGACUUGCACAAAUCGCCGUUGGUGUAUUCAAGAACUUGUGGAAGUUAUCGAAGUUCGUCAAAAUUGUAAAAAGUUCCAAUUUUUCAAUGAUAUGAAACCGUGUUUGGAGAAAAUCUCAUCGUGUUUUAAUCAAGUGAAGGAAUUCAGAAGAAAAUGUGAGUUUCAGACAAGGAAAAUUCCACUUUUCAGACAAAAUUUGUCAUUUUCAGUAUUGUCUAGCAAUGGGAACAUGUGAGGAAACCGUGUAUUAUGAAAAAGGAAGUUAG